AUGGGGAGCGGAUUACCAACACCACCGCGAGACGAUCAUGCCAAGUCCUAUGCACCUCGGAAGACAACAUCAGGCUCCAAGCCCAUGAAGGCCCCUCAGAGGAGUUCAAAACGUGCUCCUGCAUCGGCGCAUUCGCCAACCUCAAGUCUAGGGAGGACACUUUCUACGGGCGAAUCGAGGGGCAAGAGAGUAUGGAAGGCUUGCGAGAGAUGUAGGAUGAAGAAAACAAAGUGCGAUGGAGAAAUGCCUUGUCGGCGCUGCAAGGAUGAUGGCUUGGUAUGCACCGCCGGUGUGCGCCGCAAGACCGAGUACAAGCAGAUACCUAGAGGUUAUGCCGAGGUUCUGGAAAACACCCAGUUUGCGCUCGUUGCCACCAUCCACAAGCUGUACGCCAUGGUUCGGAAUUCACAAUCGUGGGACCUGGGCGAGCCCGACCUCAACGACCGUGGCCAACCGGUGGUCCACACCAUAGCAUCCAAACUCGGCUGCAUCCGGCCCAAUAGCGACAUCGACAUGCCGAUACCUUCAGCAUUUCCCGAAGACGAGGCUGGCAUGGCAGACCUAAUCGCCCAACUCAAUGCGCAACAAAGUGACGCCAUGAGCCAGGACGACGACCAUCACCAUCACCCGCAACAAGAACACAGCCACCGGAAUCAAUACUCGGAUGCAGAAGUGGAACCAGACCUCGACAUGGGCCUGGACAACUUGGAUUUGAGUUUGAGUCUGGAUACAAACUACAGACGAAUGGCGUUUGGGGGAGAGCCGAGAGCGCUCUCGGCCGGUGCACUCUCGCCGCAAAGUUUGUGCCUCGACAGCGACAGGCCGGCCUCGGAUGCCGGGUUCUCGAGCUGCUCGCCUCUGUUCGACGGAACACCCGAGGCACCAGUGCUGAGCCCUUAUCUGCUGCAACAACCACCGCUGUCGGCGGAUCAGUUGUUCCACAGCUUGCCAUUAAUGGGCAGCAAUAACGGCAACAACAUGCCGUUGAAAACAGGUCCAGAUCCCGAACCAGCAACCGUGAUGGGCGGCAUGGGUGACCCCAUGAUUUUUUCAGGCUACGGGCCCGAUCUUCUUAGCAUGUGA